UCAGCAGAGAGAAAGAGAUCCAGUGAGAGAGUUUGAUCAUAUGCCGGGAAUUUUAGAGUCUAAGGACUGAUAUACCAGCUGUGGCAAAGCAACAAGAAACUACUGAACUGCAUCCCCUCUGAUAGUCUGGAAAGGGUGCAAGAUGUUUCUCAGUGGUCAGCUGUGGGCCAAGAGGAGCAGUUCUGACUCCUCAUGAGACUCCCUGAAGCAGAGCUACAAUGGUACUAGAGCUGCUAGAGGACGGCCAGAUGCUCAGCUGAGGCAGGAACCUGGGAGCGAGUCUCAGGACCUGUGCCCGAUGUCCCAGAGACCAUUGCUACCGCAGCAUAGGAUUAUUGUAAUCUGAGUUUCUCUUUGCCUAAUCCCCCAAAAGGAAGUGGGUAACAUCAUGGAAGGAAAGAAUCAAACAGCUCUGUUUGAAUUCAUCAUCUUGGGAUUCUCCAACCUAAAUGAUUUGCAAGUUCUACUCUUCACAGUAUUCCUUAUGACUUAUAUCUGUACUCUGGGAGGAAAUCUCUUCAUUAUCUUGGUGACCAUGGCUAAUCCACAUCUACGUACUCCCAUGUACUAUUUUCUGAGGAAUUUGGCCUUUCUUGACAUCUGCUACACCACCACCAAUGUCCCCCAGAUGAUGGUGCAUCUCCUAUCAGAGAAGAAGAGCAUUUCUUAUGGAGGAUGUGUGGCUCAAAUUUUUGCCUUCAUUUUCUUUGUAGGGUCAGAGUGUCUCCUCCUGGCAGCCAUGGCAUAUGACCGUUACAUUGCAAUCUGCAAACCCCUCAGGUACUCAGUGAUUAUGAACAGGGCCCUGUAUGGCCAGUUAGCCGCCUCAUGCUGGACUGGGGGUUUCUUCAACUCAGUCGUGCACACAGCACUUACCUUCCGCCUGCCCUUCUGUGGCAACAACCAGAUUCAUUAUUUCUUCUGUGACAUCCCCCCUUUGCUGCUGUUGUCUUGUGGGGACACUUCUGUAAAUGAGUUGGCAUUGCUCUCCAUUGGGGUCUUCAUCGGGUGGGCUCCUUUCCUGGGCAUCGUCCUUUCCUACCUCUCUAUUAUCUCUACCAUCUUGAGGAUCCAGUCCUCAGAGGGGAGGCAAAAGGCCUUUUCAACCUGUGCUUCACACCUGUUCAUUGUCCUUCUCUACUACGGCAGCACCAUCUUCACAUAUGUGCGGCCCAUCUCAUCUUACUCACUGGAGAAAAACAGACUAAUCUCCCUAUUGUAUAGUGUUGUUACCCCCAUGCUAAACCCUGUAAUUUACACACUGAGGAAUAAAGACAUCAAAGGGGCUGUGAAGGCCAUGGGGAGAAGGUGGCAGAUGCCAAUUCCCUCUUUUGAUAUGUAACUUUCACUCAUCUGUAACCAAUAUUCUUAUAUCAGAAAUUAACUUUUCACUAGCCAACUAUUGGCAGUGACACUAAACUUACAGGUUGAUUGCAGUGUUGGGACAGAUAGUGAACAGUUGAUACACUCAAGUCUAAGUGUACAUAUUCUUGAGCUUUAGUUUAGUUAGUCCUGUGCAAGAGACAUGGAUGUUGCUGUUUUUAGGUAAUUUUCUUCUUAGAAUACUGUCCAUUCCUGAAUCCUUCAUUCAAAAUAUGGUGCCACUCUUUCAUGCAAUAUGUGCUUGAUGGUCAUUACCUUCUAGUACUUUCCUUCCUUUGUGUAUUACCACUUAUAUGUUGAGGAAUGUGAAAGCCCUUAUCCUAAUGCUCCUCAUAUAUGUUUAUUAUAUUCCUCUUCUUACUACUUAAGUCAUGCUUUUGGCUUUUCUUUCUUUAUUAGGUUCUUCUUAAGAAAGCAUCAUAAUCAAUGCACUGAGUUCACAUUACACUGCUUUUGACAGAGCUAUGUGAAUCAAGAUGAAAUGAUGUUUUAUCUCUGGUUCUGCUGACAAUUAAGGUUAGUUUUUUCCCCAGUUGCAUGGGUCAAUGACAAUUUAUCUUCAUGUUGGAAGGAAGACAGCCAUAGUUUCUCAAUCCCAGCUUAUAUUCCUUACUGUGUCCAAAAAAUGGAAUAUCCUGAAAGAAUGUUUCUAGAAAUAAGGCCACACGACAUGUUACUAUUUUAUAGGGUAUUUAGAAUUUAGGAAAUCUUUAUCUAAAACAAAGAUAAACUCAAAAUG